AGAGCAACUUCCGUUUCAUAACACACUAUUUCCGGUAAACAAGGUCAGAAAGAAUAAAUACGCACAAAUUGUCUUAGCUAAUACAAUAAUACGUAAAAUAUCAUAAAUCAAAACAAUGCCACGACGUGGAAGAGCAGCACCAAGCCGUGCCCCUGCACCAGUUCAUCGGCCGAGUGUGCCAGCCCAAACCCAUGCGGCCCCACCAGCCCCUAUGGGCCAGCAGCCCAGGCAGCCAGGCCUCAUGGCUCAGAUGGCCACCACAGCAGCUGGUGUCGCUGUUGGAUCUGCUGUGGGCCAUACUAUAGGCCAUGCAAUGACUGGGGGGAUGGGUGGUGGUGGCCAGCAAGCAGCACCGGUAGAGCAGUACCAGCAACCACAACAACAACAACAGACCUCCCAGUGCCAAUACGAGCUGGAUCAGUUCCUCAACUGCUCCAAACAGCAGUCAGACCUCUCCCUCUGCUAUGGAUUUAAUGAAGCUCUCAAAGAAUGCAAGAUGAGAUUUGGCCAGGCAUGAAUACACACCUUCUCAAGUUUUAUCCUGUGAUUGCAGCUUCAACAUGAACCUGUAUGGAAAUAAUUUGCAGAAAAUGAAACAGACACUGCUUGUGUUUUUUAAGAGUUAAAAUAAUAAUAAUCAUAGGUUUGCCUAUAAAUUUACAGAUACAAGUUAAAAAAAGUAAUAUUCCUAUGUUAUUGCUUGUGUUAUCAAUGGUGCAGUGUUAAUUGUAUAAAAUGUUUGCGAAUAAAAGUUGUAAAAAGUAA